AUAUAAGGAACGGUGUUGUAUCGAGAGGAGCGCGUGAAGCUGUUAAACGGUUCCGUUUGAAGUUAUUAUCGGGGGGCGAACAGGAGUUUGACGUGUGCAGGGGAUAAGUAUUUUUAGGUUUUGGAAGCGGCCAGUUUUAUUAAUUACUUCUUUCCGAACAGCUCUGACAUGUGGAUUCAGGUGCGGACCAUGGAUGGGCGGGAGACGCGCCGUAUUGACUCGUUGUCCAAGUUGACCAAGCUGGAGGACUUAAGGCAGCGCAUUCAGGAGGCGUUUGGGGUGGAGAUGGAGAAGCAGCGUCUGUUUUACCGGGGGAAACAAAUGGAAGAUGGACACACACUGUUUGAUUAUAGUGUUGGGCUGAAUGACAUUGUUCAGUUGAUGGUGCGCCAGGUUUCAGUUCCACCUCUUACAAAGGAGAGAGAGGGGGAUCUCUCAGAUACUGAUUCUGGUUGUGGUUCAAGCCAUAGUGAUUCUGAUAAAAAUUCCAGCAAUGGGGAAAGUACAAUGAAUCUUCAAUCUCAGUCAACUGCCUCUGAAGGAAUAGGCCUCUACAAGAUCGGUGACCUUGUUGAUGCUCGUGACCUAAACAUGGGUGCAUGGUUUGAGGCUCAAGUGGUAAAUGUGACCAGAGGAGUGGCGCAGAAUGGUACUCUGUCAGAUGGAACAGAUGCUCCUGAUGUUGUUUACCAUGUGAAAUAUGAGGACUAUCCAGAGAAUGGUAUUGUUCAGCUGAGUAGCAGGGAUGUCAGAGCACGUGCACGAACUCUCAUAAAAUGGCAUGAGUUGUCAGUGGGGCAGGUUGUAAUGGUAAACUAUAAUCCGGACGAGCCUAAGGAAAGAGGAUACUGGUAUGAUGCAGAAAUUCUGAAAAAGAGAGAGACCAGAACAAUAAAAGAGAUUUAUGCGAAGGUCCUUCUGGGAGAUGCCGGGGACUCUUUGAAUGACUGCAGAGUUUUGUGUGUUGAUGAAAUUUACAAGAUUGAACAAAAUGGGAGUUCAGCACCUUGUACUUCUGAGAGUCCACAAAAAAGAAGAAAUGGCCCAGAGUGCAAGGACUGCAAGGAUGAUCCAAAGAAAACCUGUCGCAUGUGUGCAUGCCACAUUUGUGGUGGUAAACAGGACCCUGAGAAACAGCUGCUUUGUGAUGAAUGUGAUAUGGCGUUUCACAUCUACUGUCUCAGUCCUCCUCUUUCCAGCAUCCCCCAGGAUGAAGACUGGUAUUGCCCAGACUGUAGAAAUGAUGCUAGUGAAGUGGUUCUGGCAGGGGAAAAGUUAAAGGAAAGCAAGAAAAAAGCAAAAAUGGCAUCUGCUAGCUCUGCGUCUCAACGAGACUGGGGCAAAGGAAUGGCAUGUGUAGGCCGGACACGGGAGUGCACGAUUGUUCCAUCAAAUCAUUAUGGCCCUAUACCUGGUGUACCAGUUGGGACUAUGUGGAAAUUCAGAGUUCAGGUGAGCGAAUCUGGUGUGCACAGACCCCAUGUAGCUGGAAUCCAUGGUCGAAGCAAUGAUGGUUCAUAUUCUCUAGUUCUAGCAGGAGGUUAUGAGGAUGAUGUGGAUAAUGGGAACGAGUUCACCUACACUGGUAGUGGUGGUCGUGACCUUUCUGGUAACAAGCGUACAGCAGAGCAGUCAUGUGAUCAGAAACUGUCAAACAUGAAUAGAGCUCUGGCACUGAACUGUAGUGCUCCUAUUAAUGACAAAACUGGCUCAGUUGCAAAGGACUGGAAAGCAGGCAAGCCAGUACGUGUGGUGCGGAGUUCUAAAGGGAGAAAACACAGCAAAUAUGCCCCAGAAGAUGGAAACCGCUAUGAUGGAAUCUACAAGGUAGUAAAGUACUGGCCUGAGAAAGGGAAGUCUGGGUUUCUUGUUUGGCGGUACCUGCUUCGGAGAGAUGAUGAAGAACCUGCCCCAUGGAGCAAGGAGGGCAAAGAGCGAAUAAAAAAACUUGGUCUUUCUAUGCAAUAUCCUGAGGGCUAUUUGGAGUCGGUGGCAAACAAGGAGAGGGAAAAAGAAAACAAAAGAACAGGUGAUGAAGAGUUAGAAACGCCAAGCAAAGGGAAGAGGAAGAGGAAGUCCGGUGAUGGUGAGCUUCUUGAAGUACUCACAGCAACUCCAAAGAAAGUGAAAGUGGAAUUAUAUAAACUUACUCAGGAGCAGAAAGCCCUUAUCAAAGAGGAUACAUUAAAUGCAAAAUUGUGGAAUGAUGUUAUGCCAUUUCUGAAAGAGGGGCCUAAAUUCCUGACUAAGGUGGAGGAAACCUUUAUGUGUAUUUGCUGCCAGGAACUUGUGUAUGAACCAACCACAACUGAAUGCCUUCAUAAUAUCUGCAAGGGGUGUCUUGACCGUUCUUUUAAAGCAUCUGUGCACACUUGCCCAGCCUGCCGACAUGACCUGGGAAAAAACUACUCCAUGAAUGUCAACAAACCACUUCAAGCCGUCCUUCGCCAACUGUUUCCAGGGUAUGAAAGUGGACGGUGAUGAGUACUGCUAAGUCGCCUGAUUUGGAUAUCUACUUAGCUAUAUGGGGCCAUACUUAUGUCACCCUGAUAUCACAAAGUAUGUAGCCUCUUUUUAAUGCAGAGAUCUUAGUAUGAAACUAUUUUUGUAAUGGUUACAAAAAACAAUUUCCUGCAGUCAGAAUCGUGCUUAGCUGUGUGCCCAGGUAUAUAUUUCUACCUCAGUCUGACCCAGAUGUCUUAAUACUGCAUGUGGUUUUGGAGCAGGUGGCAUAUCUUUGCUCUGAAAUAAACUGCAACCUUGUGCACUGGUGUAAAAUUUUACAAGCUAAGUCUACAGCCAUUUUUCAAAUGAAUUUUUUUUUUUUAAACUUGUGUUCAGUAUAAAGCUGAUGCAAUCUGCAGA